UCAAAAUAUCCUGCAAUAAUGACGCACAUAACUUGCAGAUCAAAGUUUCUGAAGCCUCGUGAACUUCCGCCGGUGUUCUUUCAAACCUUUCCAGUUCUUACUUAAUGUUCCGCUGACAAUCAUCUUAUCCUAUAGAAAUUGCCUUAAGAAGCGCGUUAACCAAUCAGAUUCGUGAGGGCUUGUGCCAAAUAAACAAUUCUAGUGCAAACUUCUUCGGUGUCGGGACCUAACCUUUAGUUUCUGAGAUAAGCUACACCUCACCUGAAGCUCUUUGGAGAUGUUUGCGAAGGCGACAAGGAACUUCGUGAACGAGAUCGACCCGGAUGGAUGCCUGAUCCCAGUGUCGCGGCUGAACAACUCGGACAAGUUGAGAAUGCUGUCACUAAUCGUCAAGCGGAAAAGGCACUGGUUCUGGAAGAAGCCCAAAUACCUGCCGUCUAACUUCAGCCUCAGUGACGUGCUUGUCGGCGAGCCCAUUUGUACAGAUGUGAUGGAUUCUGACUUUCUGAAGUACGAGGGGAUUUAUGCCGACUCCCUGGCUGGGAACAUGGAGACGGAGAUGGGCCCAGCAAAAGUCACCAUGAAAUCACGCAGCUCCUCGAAUCUUCGAUCUUCGUUUGGAAGCUUGAAAAAAGAGGAAGUUGACGUCCAGAAGCUUUUGUGCGCUUCCAAGGGCAGGUACGUGAACCUGGAGCACUGCCUCAUCCAACAAACACAGGAGAAGGGGAAUGAAGUGUUUGGUGUCCUGAAGGAGAGGAUCUUUACCACCCAGCAUUGCUCUAUCAUGGAGAAGGUCAAGGGCCACGGCUCCUGUGGAACGGGGCUGACUUUCUUCACGCCCCAGUCUGUGAAGGUCUCCGUGACAGAGAACGGAAACAGGGAGAAGGACAGGAGUGUUUCCUUGGAGAUCCCGCCCCACACGGUCGUAGCGUACAGCAUCAUCGAGCUUGUGAUCAAACAAAAUGGCCAGUAUGAGCUCUGCCUGCAGCCCAACACGUACGGGGGAUUCGAGGAAACCUUGGUGAGGAGCCCGUCCCCCAAGUAUCCAGCCGGUAGCCUGAUGGAAGUAGACAGCUCAAGCAGCGCUGACCUGGAGGAUGACCAGUCUAUUCCACCGGAGGCACCACUCUGCGUGCUUGAAAAAUAUCUGGAGAAGCUGAGUCCGCACUUCCAGAAGCUCGCAGAUCUCCCUGCAGAAGCCCGAUCCCAGCUGUUUUGCUACCUGAGAGAGAUCCUGACAGACAGAGCAGCUGUCACCAUAUUGGAGAGCGUGCUGGACGAACGGUGCUGGAACGGUGGCAAGAAGUCUCAACCUCAGAAUGAGACGGUGGUCAAACUUCUGGAAUUUCUCCAGGCCAAUUUGGAAGGUCUGGAUCAAGCUGAUGGUCCUCAGACGACGAGCUUCUCACUACACACAUCUGUGUACCUUUUAAUAAGUGCUAUAGAUGAGAUGACAGAUGCUGGUCUAACUUGGCUGGAACAGUCUUGUGAUCCUGCAGUCCUUGGAGCCCUUCACCACCUGGUGAGCCGCCUAGUGGCAGCCGGGGAAUGUUCACUGCAGGACUCGCAUCUGACAGUCCUUGCUGAGGAGGGUGUAUACUUCAAGGUUCAACAGCUGCUUGCCUCCUCAGAAGUGACACUGCAGAGAGAGACGGACACACUAUGGGCUGCGACCCGGCCUGGCUCAGGGCGCCUCCCCCUGGUCGUGUGUGUGGCUGUCCGCAGCCUGGCCUGCCUGACCUUAGGUCAUGGCUGCCCUUGACUGCCAAAGUCCACCUUAAUCCAGCAAAGGACCAUUUUCGGAAACCAACGUUGACGUCUCGCGAUGCUGCCCGGAUUCAGUGCUACUUCCCAUGUCUAGGUGUCACAUUUCAUUUAAGUGCACAGUCACAGUUCUUUUUGCAAAUGGAAGGCCUUUAUAACAGCUAAAAUUACUUUGCUAAGAAAAAAACUCUCGUGUACCAUUUAUGAAGUGAAAUUGCUAGGUUAGUAAAGUAGACCUGUAUGUGACUCAGCCGGUUAAUAUCGCUAGGUCACCAGUUCAAAUCCCAUGGCCGUUGGACUGAUGCCACACUGUUGAGCCCCAGAGCUAAAAGUGACUAAUCUAUUUUUUUAUUCUUUACUCUUUCCAGCUGCUAAUUCCACAUUUUUUUUUCAUGUCUAUGUUCUUAUUUUACUCUGAUUCCUAUUUUAUAUAUAUUUAUAUAUAUAUUCUGCUGUAUUCCAGAAAAUCUUUAUAUAAUGGCAUUCACAAAAUCAUGUAAUGCAUGUAUUUUGAAGGCAAUAAAAAGGGGAAGGUAUAUAUGCUUUAGUAUAUAAAGUACAAUUUGCACUUUAACAAUGCAUAAAAUUUUAUAAGUCAUUAUUGACAUUGUCAUUUUGUAAAAUGAAAUAUUCCAAAGUCAUUUCACUGUAAAUUAAAAUUAUGUAUUUUUUUUACAGAGCUUUGAACUUUGGAAAUGUUUCAAUUUUUUACACGUGUGUAAUUUGUAUGGCCUUUUAUUUACUUUCUACUUUUAUUAGCACACAAGUGUUAAAAAUAAAAGAUGAAUUAUAUGAAUGGCGUUUAAACACUCUGCUGCUAUGUGGAUUACAGUUUGUGUGUGUUCAUUCAGAAAUGUUUUUCAUGAAUUUUACAGUAAAUAAAUUUUAGGCACGCAAUAAAUAUGGAUUGUUUUAAUAUAA